AUGGCCGAGGUUCCACCAGAGCAGUUGGAUGCGCAAUUCCGCACCCAACCACACGCCUUCAACCAAACACCUCCCAAGUCCAAAGAAUCGCAAGACGGCGACUCCAAAGCCCCAUUGCCCAAGGGCGUAGUCCUCGACAAAGAUGGCAAGCCCUGCCGAACCUGUACAUCAAUCGCCUCAUGGCGCGCCCUAACAAAGCAACAAUCGCAAACCUCCCCCUCCUCCACCGCAACAUCAUCAACCUCAACAACAAUCUCCACACCAGCAACAACCUCCCAAUCCACCCCCCAACCCACCGAAAUCCCCUCUGACUGUCCACCCGACGUCGAACAACUCGGCCGAUCAACCUGGACCCUCCUGCACACCAUGGCGGCUACGUACCCCGAAAAGGCGUCCGCGCAACACCAAGAGGACAUGCAGGGCUUCCUGAAGUUCUUCUCCAAGCUUUAUCCGUGCUGGGUGUGUGCGGACGAUUUCAAGACUUGGAUGGCGCAUCCGAGUGGGCGCAAUCAGCCGAAGCUUGGUGGGCGGAAGGAGUUUGGGUGGUGGAUGUGUGAGGCGCAUAAUGAGGUUAAUCGGAAGUUGGGGAAGAAGGAGUUUGAUUGUCGGCUCUGGGAGGAGAGGUGGAGGACUGGGUGGAAGGAUGGUCGGUGUGAUUGA